GCCUGAACACAUGAGCAGAGAUCCCAUACCGAGCCGCCGAAGAGACGGAGGGAAAGCCGAGAAGCGAUCAUGUCACGUUCGUCGAGGUUUGUUAUCAAGAAUCAUGUUGUUCCGGCUGCGAGUCCAAGGGCUUGGCCGAGGUGUACGGCGCAUCCAUCGGAUGUUUUGCGGUUGGCGUUAAAUCAGUAUACGCCGGUGGAGAACACUACGCCGAGGAAGGGCGAUGCUACGAUCAUUAUGAAUCACGCCAAUGGCUUCCACAAGGAGCUGUAUGAGCCGUUCUUGGAGGUACUCGUGGAUCGUCUACGUGAAGCCGGUGUCGGCGUCCGAGGGAUCUGGGCUGCGGACGUCGUCAGUCAGGGUGAAAGCGGGGUAAUUAAUGAGGGCAAACUCGGUGACGAAUUCUGCUGGACGGAUCAUGCCCGUGACAUCCUCCACCUCAUUCAAACCCACGAACUCACUCCUGCUCACACCUCAGGCCCCCUACUCGGCCUCGGCCACUCCAUGGGCGGCAAUCAAAUCUUCCAUUCAGCAAUCAUGCACCCACGUCUCUUCACUGCCAUCGUCGGAAUCGACCCCAUCAUCGAACCCGGACUAACAGCUGGUCACGCUCCCGCUAAAGCCAGUAUCCGUCGUCGUGAUAUUUGGUCGAGUAUGGACGAGGCUAGGGCGUACUUUAAGAGCAAGCCCUUCUAUCAGAGCUGGGAUCCGAGGGUGUUGGAGUUGCAUAUGCAGUUUGGGUUGAGGGAGUUACCGACGCCUACUUAUCCCGACAAGAAAGGCGUGACGUUGACGACGACAAAGGAUCAGGAGGUGUGGUCGUUCUUGCGUCAUGCCCCGCCAAACCCGCCAGGUCGUCCCGAAGCUGUCGAUGUAUUCAAGAAGCUAGGAGGCCUCGGUGAUCUUCCGGUGAUGUAUCUUCUCGGCGAGAAAUCGCAUAUCAACACAGAGAAGGGAGUGAAGGCGAAGCGUGAUGCAACACCAGGGGCUGAGUUUGCGUGGAUCAAGGACGCUGGUCAUCUCGUCCCACAGGAGAAGCCUGUCGAAACAGCAGAAGUCAUUGCCGAAUUUCUGACGAAAGCAGUUGCUGAAUGGCGGAAGGAGUGGGAUACAGACAUGAACCAGAAGAGAAGCAAGGUCAUGUCGGAGCAGUACAAAGAAGCCGUAGCAAAGCUGUAGAUUGAAGAGUUCUCCU